AUGACCAGUGAUGAAUACAGCAAAAGAGUCCGAUGGCUUCGACUCGCCGUUCUCAAAACCUACGAGGGCUUGCUCUGGGCGGCAACGCUCAUGAUGGGAGUUGAAUUCGCUCAGGACGACGAAGACAACGUUAGGAUGAUGAUCAUCAUCGUCUUUAUUGUAGGCAUAGCCUUCGGAGCUUCUGCUAUAGCCAUCUGGGAGUUUCUGUCUUUGUCGUCGCAGUUUGAGAACUGCGAUACCGCAAAGUCACUAGGCCCGUCUCAAGUGGCCAUGGUUGCCGGAGUUUCAUUCGCCUUUGGCGCUGUGUUGUUGCUCGGAGCGGCAUUUAUAGGAGAGUACACUGUGAGGAUGGUGGUGGUGGUGGGUGUGACAAGCAUUGUGUCGACGGCGUUCGGAAUUUUACUUGGGGUUUUGGGGAAGGCACCAGUGGUGAUGUCAGCUUUGAGGUUUUUGAUCGGAGGGUGGCUUCUGAUGGCGAUCGCUUUUGGCUUUACAAAGUUUGUAGAUGCAGUAGUCAAAGAAGAAGCUUGUGGAUCUUUACGUGAUUAA